AUGGAGACCCCGCCCUUUCAGACCACCGUACAGGGCCCCCCGAGCACAAAACCCUCAACGCAGCGAAUCUUUAAUGAAAUUAGACGAAGCCUCGCAGGAAUCUCAGAGUACACGGAGAUUGUAUAUCCGCUCAGCUCAGAUGAUGCGGGACUGAUUUGCCGGUCGCUAAGUGCAGACGCUGAACUUGAGAGAAAGAAUUUAAGGAUAAACUACAACGCGUACACCGGCCUAUUACGGCUCAAAAUAAUGCCCAUCAGCCUCCAUGACGUCCACCAGCGGUGGAUAAACCGCGCACUUGUGCAAUGGGGUAUGACUGGAAUCAUCAACAGUGAUGAAGCAGACCUUCUAUGGAGCGGCUCUGGAACCACAUUCGAUAAUUUCACUGGUGUUUACCAAGGGUCAAUCAAGCAACCUGAUCAUUACCUGCGUGUCGACACUGACGAUGACCCUCGCAUUGUCGUAGAAUCAGGUUGGAGCGAAUCGUUCAUCCAUCUACGGAGCGAUAAAACCCUGUGGCUCAAAGGAAAUCCAUCUGUUGUGCUAGUGAUCCUACUCAAAUGGUCUGCCUUGUCGUACAACAGAAUAAAGGGCAGUGCCGAAGUUUGGCGCAGGGGUAGCACCGGCAACCUUGUCUCCUCUACGAUGGUAAUCAUCUAUUUACGUCCACGACGCGAUUCUUGA